GUUGCUUGCCAGUAUCGUCUCGUCCGUCGUAGACGAUUCUACACUAACUGUUUUAUAUGAUUCUUCUUCUUUUUUUUAAUUUCUUGUUGUGUGCUGUGAUUAUUACCUUCUUUAGUGUGGCAAUUUACUUCAAUUAAAAGAAAAGAUUUUUAAAAUACACUUGAAAGGAAAAAAAUUUCUGUCCUUAUAAACUCGUGUGUUUUACUAUAUAUAUGCAUAUAGAUAAAUACUCGUGUUGAUGAGGCUCCUGUAUACCGCAAGAGAUUAUUGGAAUUAACGAGGAUUAGAGUCAACGAUCGAGUUUAAUUGGAUGUUCAAUAAUAGUGGAUUUUGGCAAAUGAUUUUUAUUUGAUUUUGCAAUUAAGGGAAUGUUCUGUUUCAAGGAGAACCGAAUUUUACAAGAUUGGAGUCGCAUGAAUAACAGGUGUCAGAAACUUGGUUGGUCGACCGAGAUGCAGUUACUCAGCCGAAACGAGGAUCAUUUGUAGCCCCUCCGGAUCAAGGAACCAUCGUGAGUUUGUUCUCGUGUUGUUAGUGUAUAUAUGUGUGCGAAGAGAGAAAGGAAUCGAGAAUGGCCAAGGAUAGAAGUGGUGUGGUACUUAUGAUCGUGAUCAUGACAUUUGUGACUUUACACUGGGUCACUGGUGUCAAGGUCGUUGAAACACGAAGAUCACUCAAUCUCACGACAUACGACAACGAACUCAUUCACACAAACGAAGUUAUCUCAAAUUGGAAUGAAACGAAAAUUGAUGAAAAAAAUUAUCAAAUCAAUAAUCAUCAUUAUUCUGGAAAACCAACGAAAUUCGAUAUUGACAUUACACAAUUAAUUAUCACUGAUGAUAAAAAUUUACAUCGUGCCGAAUCUGAAAGAUUAUCAAAGUUGAACAAAACAACAACAACGAGAACAAAAAAGAUGCCAAUGUAUCGUAGAAAAAAAGCUGUAACUUGUGACAGUUAUUUUAAUGUGACAUGUUUGCAGGAAAAAUUUGAGGAUUUUAUUGAUACAAUAUCAAUGGCAACGGAAUAUAAUGUCACUGAUUUAGUGCAAAUUGUUAAAAAUGAUAAUAUAACGAGUCAAAAUAAUAAUGACACGACUAAUAAUAAUGAUAAUAAGGAACUUUCUUUGAUUGAAAAAGUUCAAUUAUUUGCAAAAAAUCAUGUUCUUAAAAUACAUAUACCCGGUGAUCUUAUCUCGGCGAGAAAGUCGAGGACGUUCUUUGGUUCUGUUUUUGAGGGAAAGAGUACAUUUUUAACAGGCUUCGGACUUGGUUUUUUAGCAUUCGGUCUCAAGAAACUUCUUCUGCCAUUGAUUCUUGGCGCGCAAAUUGUCAAGAGUAUCCUCAUUGCUCUAUUCCUGCCGAGCAUUAUUGGAAGCAUUGGUAAAAUUGUCGGCAAAGGAGUUUCGUCGUUUGCUCAGUCGUCGCAGAGCAUUAAUCCACAGCAGGAUGAGAAUUUCGAGUUUAAGGAGAAUCUCGAGGGUUAUGGGGACGAUUACAUGAAUCGACAACCUGUGGGAACACUUCCUGCAUCUGCAAUGUAUGAAGAGGGCAUGUUGCAGACGCAAAAAACACCGGAAAUAGCGUCCCGUUAUUCGUAUGUCGAUUCAAGAUUUCCUCACGUGAAUACAUUUUCGGAUCGUUAUUACACGAGGCACACGGCGAACAAUGGAUACUCGUCGAAAAAGCAAGAUUUCAAGAUUUUCCAUGAGAUUCCAACGAGUUCGUUGCUGUUGACAAAUUACGAUCCUUUCUAUUCGCCAUUGUUAUCGCGAUUGGACGCGGUCUUUUCAAGAUUGGGUCACUUGACGGAAGGAUGUCGUGAAUUUGUUGUUUGCGCCAUGUACAGAAGUCCAGCGCGUUAUGCACCAUAUUCAAAUCUAGUUUCUGCUCAAUUAUCAAGGGAAUUAAAUGAAUUAAGGAAACCAAGAUCGGAUAACGUUGAUGUACUGCGAUUUUUCCGCUAUAUGAAAGCGGCAAAGGACGGACAGGACGGUGUGAGAUGCGAUGAUUUUUAUCCAAAUUGUGAAAUUGCCCGCGACGAUAGUACGAGACAAAAUCAGGCAAUGCUCGCAACAUAUCAGGAUAUCGAUAAAUUAGUGCAUGCGCGGAAAUUUUCCAAAUAAUCGUGUUUUUUGAAGAAUUAUUUUCCAAAAUUUUUGUUUUUUUUGUUUAUUAUUAUUUAAUGGGGGGAUAAGUUGAAUGUUGAUUUUGUGGGGCAAACAAUAUUUGAGACAAAUUCGUAUCUUCUGGUGAAGAAUUAUUUAAUUGAUUGACUGAGUUGAAAAGUGUAAAAAUCGAAGAAAACUGUUUUAGUUUGAGUUUAAUUUACUGACUCUUUGAAAGUGUAGAUUCAAAAAAAACUUUUAAAUUUGAAUUUAAUUGAUUGACUCUUGGAGAGUGUAGAAAUCGAAGAAGACUUUUUUAGUUCGAAUUUAUUUGAUUGACUCUUGAAAAGUGUACAAAUCGAAGAACAAAUUUUCGAAUUUUAUUAACUGACUCUUGAAAAGUGUAAUAAUUGAAAAAAGCUCUUUUUAUUGAAAUUCAAUUACCUAAUUUUUUUUUAAAGUGUAAAUCGAAUGAUUUGUUUUAGUUCAAAUUUUGUUGAUCGACUCUUAAAAAGUGUAAGAAUGGAGAAAAACACUUUCAGUUGGAAUUCAAUUAAUUUAUUUUCAAAAGUGUAUAAAUAUGCAAAGAAAACUUUAUUUUAGUUAAAGUGAAAACUCGAAGAAGAGGAAGUAGUCAGUGACUUAAAGCAUUUAAAUCAUAAAAGUGAAAAUUAACAACAAGUUUAAAAAAACAAAAUUCAAUACAAAGGAAUGAAUUAAAAUAAAUUAUUCCUAAAAAAAUUGGAAAAAAGAAGAAAAAAAGAAUAAAAAAAUACUGUAUUUAAUAAUUUUUCUUGCUACCGAUUGAUAUUGAUUGAUUAAUUGAUACCACAUUUUUAAUAAGAAAAGUACUCACAAAGAAAUUGUUAAAUUUAAAGUAUACUCCAUGCUCAAGUGCUCCCGCGCAAAGAAAAAUAGUGUUAAUGCCAAAUACGAAUAUUAAGGAAAGAAAAUUGCAAAUCAAGUGAAAACAUUUCUUCCCAUAAUAAUGUAUAUUUUUAUAUGUAAAAUUACCUUUAUAAUUAAUUUAUUAAUUAGAAAAUUAGUUGAUUCUAAUAUUAUAAUUAAUAACUAAUAAUUAAUUGUUACACGCGAAUUGAUAAUUAAUUAUUUGUAAUAUGAGAAUUGAAAAUUAAUAACUAAUUAAUUAUUAAUUUAAAUAAUUUGUAGGCCAGUUUUUCCACAAUUGUUUGUUUAUUAACUUAUGUUAUUAAAACAACGUUUCGGUAGUAACCACUACCCUUAUCAAGUUUAAAUUAAAAGCAAUAAAGCAUUGUCAAGAAAAUAAUUAAGUUUUUGUAAAA